AUGAGUAUGCUUCAACAUCAACAAUUGGUCGAGUGUUUUGCUCAAGAUCAGAUCGAUCUGGAGAGCGUUUCAUCGUCCUAUUGUUGUUCACCUCCGUCUGCUUCCUCCUCCAUGCUACCUGCUACAGCUGCACACCAUCACGAUGAAACAACUUCUUCUUCUUGUGGCUCGGCUAGUCUUGAUGUUGGUAGAAAUAAUUAUCUGCACCAUCAUCAUCAUCAGAAAGGUUCCUUCGACUCGUUCGAUUCCAAUCAUACGAAUUCAUCAUCGGUAUCGGCUGUUGUGGAUGAGCGAUUAUUAUUAUCAUCAUCGAGGAAUGAUUCCUUCUCUUCCUUUCAUUUGAUGGAGGAACAGCCUAUUUUCAUUCAUUCACCAUCCAAUUCUAUUUAUUCACCCUCAGAGGAACAUGUUCUCUCAUCAAGCCUUGAUAAUAAUAAUAAUGCGAUAACACUUAAUAACAAUUCUAACAAUUCUAAUAAUGAUAAAGUAAAAGAGUUCAGCAAGUUAUCAUUUACUAAUAACAGUACUAAUAAUCAACAUUACAAUAAUCCACCAACUAUUCGAUCAUCUCCAAGAGAUAUCAAAUCAAUUGCCACAAGUAAAGUUGCCUACUCUCUCAAUGAUACCAAAUCUACUCAAUCCAAAGGUCAGAUCGAAGAAGGAAUAUCAGAAUUGGAACAAUUAUUUGCCUCUAGAAGAGCUUUCAAUUCACUUUCGAAAAAGUAUUCAACAGAUAACUUGCUUAAAGAACAAAAGAAGAGAAACAAACAUUCCACUGAUAAGGAUCAUUUACUAUUGCUACAACAGCAACAUCAACCUUCUUUGACAAGUGCCUCUUCAUUUACUGCCACUACUUCUACAUCAUUCCUGGAACCAUCCUCCAAUGCCAUUCGUUCAACCAAGUCAACUUCAUGUCUUUCACCAUCUUCCCCAAUUAGUGAUUCAUUUGAAGAGAUCAAGUCAAUAAUUCAAGCUUACUAUAAUUACGAGUCCUUUGUUGAGAGUGCAGAUGGGAGAGAAGAAUUAAGAUUAUAUUUGAGGAAGAGACAUAAUGAAGAGAUGUUAUUAAUGUUGGAAACUAGAAUUACCUUUCUGAGUUUCUAUGAGGAAGGUUCUAAUUUCUAUGUGGGAAGAAGAGCUCUGUUAAAAGUGAAAGAAUUUCAAAUGAUUUAUUCUCAAUUCAUUGAUACCAAUUCUCAAUUCUGUAUUAAUAUUGAUUCAAGUAUAAGAAACAAAUUUGUAAAGCUCAACCCUCGAGUGAAUAAGGUUAAUACAGAAGAAGAGGCUGCUCUUCUAGUGAAGGAAAUUGAUGAAUGUUUGGACACGCUUCAUUUUAGUGUAUCACUUCAGGUCAAGACUGAAAUUUUCUCACAAUUCAAAAAAACGGAGGAAUUUCAAACUUUCAUUCUUUCAAAAAUUAUAGAACUCCAAGGAAAGAAAGCUUGGGAAGGACUUGAACGUCAAAAUGGUACAUCAUUACAUGACAGUCCAUCCAAUCAUGGAGGAUUUUUCUCCUUCCUAAAGAAAAACCCUCAAAAUUCAGCCAUCAAGAAAUUUGAAGAGAAAUUAAUUGAGGAAUUUCUGAUAGAAAAUGAGCUCGCUGAAUAUUGUGGACAAUUCAGAAAGAAAAAACUCUACACUCUAAGCCAAAUCCAAAACUACUCUUGUGAUGAUUAUCUAAAGUUGGGUGUUAUCAAAGUUACUCAUCAGACCCGAUUAAUUCGUCUCGUUGGACAAUAUUUCAAAUCCUAUUGUAAUAAGAAUUAAUAAAUACAUCAUUCCCAUCACCUCAUUCCAGUGUUGUAUUCAUGAAAUUUCUCAAUCACUUGAUGAAUAAUUUUCACGUGAAAUCUUGCAUUAUCCUAGGCAAUUAAUAUCACCAAAUAUGGUCAUAUUUUUGGUAGUGACAUAAUUUCAAAAGCACAUUUUUUUGCAGUCCAAAGCGAAAAACUCAAAAAGCAUUUUUCAACGUAUUUGUAUGCAUCGCUUCGGAGAGAUGAACAUGUGAGAGAACAAAUCCAUGUGCCUUAUUAAAAUUGUUCUGUUUUAACCUCCUUAAUGAGCCUAUAACUGUAGAUUCGUUUUACAAGUUUUCAAAUCGUUUUUUGCAUCCUUCUCGAAAUGUUGGUGUUGUAUAGAUUUUUAUCCUUCACACAUGUGUGAUCAUCAGUUUGAUUGUCAAAUGUUACAGCAAUUGUUUAA